UCCGGAAUCAGCGCCUGGGCGACCAGGAGUAAAUGUGGUGGGGUCGUGCCCACAAUCGGGAAUGAUGGGGAGACCCCUCACUCUGCAGGCCCGGCUGGCGCAAGCGGCACGUACGAGAAGUCAAGCUAAAGCUAGCGCUAGCCAAGAACCUCCGAGGAGGGAGCAGGAGCCAGGAAAAAGAAAGGAGGCCGUGGAAGUGGAAGAUGACGAUGAUGAAGAAGAAGAAGACGAGAAGUUGCGCCGAGAAGAGGAUCAGAGAGCGGAACAACGGGCAAGGAAAAAGGGAACCAAGGGAGAAGCCGAACCGGUCAUACGUGACGGACCACCCAAAAAGAAGAAAUAUACGGUUCGGUUGGAAGAGGGAUUUGACGUAGAAAGAGUAAUUGACAGGCUGCUGGAAGGGCAUAAUGACCUCAUGACCCUGAAGGAGAUCCUAGCGUCAGCCCCGCGACUCCGUGAUGAACUGAAGGGGAGAUUGUCGCGGCGCCUGGUGCCCAAUGUCCAUCUGGGCACGAUCCUGCCGAAGGAGGCAGAGUGGGCGGAGUCAGGUACGAAGAUGGACUUGAAGUGCGUAGCCUGCGGCACGGUGGAUUUGAUGGUGAAGGGUUCCAAGUGUGCAGCAAUGGUGGACACCGGGGCGGAGAUGAACAUUAUUCGGGAGACGGACGCGAUCAGAUUCGGGCUGGAUAUAGACUGUUCUGACUGCGGUAUUCUGCAUGGAGCCAGCUGUAAGGCCGUGUUUUGCGGGACAGCCUCGAAUGUGAUCAUCGAGGUUGGAAAGGUGAAGGCCAGGGUAUGCUUCUUCAUAAUGCCGAACGUGGACCAUGAAAUCCUCCUUGGGAGGUCAUUCCUAAGCAGGACGGAGACCGUGAUAUUCAACAAACAUGACGGAACUCUAAUCCUUCUCUUAUGCGAUCCUGCCUGCGGGAAUUACGAAAUAAUUAUCUACAUGAACACCGGGACAAGGAGUAUAAGGAACCGGCCCAAUUCAGGAUCAUUCACGAUCGAGGAGUCGGAAGGGGAGCGCCGGAGGCUCCGGGCAGAGCCCGAAGCAGGAGAGAGGGUGGAAGCAUUUUCCCUCAGCUUGUCAGAUGUUGGGAAGGCCAUGGACCUGGUGGCCGCGCAUGAGAUGGGAGAUCUGGAUGCCAUCCAGGCCUUGAGGGAGCAAGUUCUGGAAUGCCCCGAGGCAGGAAGAUUAGAGUUGGUAUAUCGGCUCCCAGGCAGCGGAGGGCACCCCGCAUCAGCGCAAACAUAAUCUGUGAGUCGGCUAUUUUUAGGGGACGGCUCAAGCAGGGUUCCCAAAGGCGGUACAAGACGGU